AUAAAAACACAAUUAAAAAUCAAAAGAAUUAAAAUACAUCUUAAACCUAAACAGUGGUAACAACUUCAGAAGUGGGAUAGCAACCUUUUAUGCACCCGCCUACAUCAAUAUUUCGACGUACCCGACAAUACACACGUUUUUUUUUCUCAAAGUUAAAAUAGCGUGCCCUACCAAUUGGCCAUGAAUAAAUCGGAGAUUUCGGAUUGGCUGAAGGCCAAUGAAAUUGAGUUCCCAACAAGCGCAACGCUUCGACAACUGCGUAAGCUUGCAUUGGACGCCGGUUGCCAAAACGCUAGCGAGAUUUCUGAAACCAUAUCAGAAGAAGAAGACACCAAACUGGAGGAAAUAUGCCAGGGGAUCGCGAGCGCCCAGAUCAAUAGUACAUUGGAAGAAGAAGAGGAAGCACUCGACGCUGCAAUAAGGGUGGCCGAGAAGAAGAAGAUACUGGCCAAGUUGAUGCAGAACGACAGCAAGAUGACGGAUGACUUCCAAAUGGCUAAGCAACUCAUGGUUCCGUUCUCCGCCACUAAAAAUGAAGAAGCAUUCCAAUGGAUUUCGGACUUCGAAAGAGUUUGCAGAGGAGUAAAUGAUAGUGAAAUUUUUCAACUUCGCUGUGUCCGAAUGCUGAUGAAACCAGGAACAGAUGCCGACCUGUUCUUGCGUGUUGACCGUUCGAAUUCUUACGAUACAUUUAAAGAAAGUUUUCUCAAGACAUUUGGCCAUGGAAAUUCAACAGCCGAUAUCGUAUUGCUUCUGAAGGAUACCAUCUUUAAUCCUAGCAAGAACACCGUCAUGGGCUACAUACUUCAAAUGGAGGAAAUUGCUAUGCGUGCAGAUAUUGAUGAAAAGUUAACAGUACAAUUCAUAAUUGACGGUUUUCGAGAUCGGUCAUCCAAUAUCGCGCUAUUGUACUCAGCAACCACAAUUGGACAAUUGAAGGAGAUGGCUCGGAAAUAUGAAAAUCUACGGAAGGUUCCCAAAACGUCGACCAUUCGCACGGGAAUCGCUUUCGCUGGAGAAAGAGGUCAAAUACGCUGCUUUAAUUGUUCGGCACAUGGACACUACGCUUCAUCUUGUACUGCACCAAAGCGCGAGAAAGGAUCCUGUUUCCGUUGUGGAUCCCUUCAGCAUAGGAUCAAGGAUUGUCAACAGCAGCCGAAAACUAAUCCGAGAGUCGUGGGAGCAACCAACAACCAGUUGAUACAAGAUGAGGAGGAGAACAAUACGUUUAUUCCUAUAUUUAACCAGCGCCAUUAAUUUAAUCCAGCGCACAGCGAUACCAUUUAAAAAGUUUAAUGACGUAUUGAGCCCAACAGAAUAUUGCGGUGUUAAUGGAUCUCGAAUAAAUACAUUUGGAAAAAUUUUUGUUAAACUUAAUUUUCAAAACAUAGAAGAAGAAAUAUCAUUUUUUGUUGUACCCGACAAUUAUGU